UGCAGCCUCCACAUCCCCCUUCUGAUGUGCUGCUAAGGAAUACAGCAUGCUCCUCAGUAUUUAAAGAGCCAUGCCCACCAUCUGCCUCUCACUACACUAGCUGUAUGCAGAGCAGAGCCUGGGCUAGCUUCACACUCAGCAGCACAUGGGAAGAAAGCUCCUGCCUGUCACCUCUCAGCCCAUCACAGUCCUCAUCCUGUCCAUAGGGACCAUGAUGUGAUGUGAUGGUCUACAGGGACUUGGGGUCCUCACAUAUUGAACCAGCAUUGAUCUGUAUGUGGACACAGUAAGUGAUGAUGGGGGCACAGGAGGACUUCUUCUGAUUGAAUCCCCUGGUCCUGGAGGAUUUGAUGGAAUGACACAUGGCAUAAUCACCCCAGUGGUGCCCUGACUUCUCCGAAGCUUACAGCUGGCAUCCCAAGGACACAGAGAACUCUAAUCCUGGCACUGGCACCCAUUGAUCUCUGACACUACAAGAGAUCUAUGAGCCACUAAAUCUCCUCCUGCCUGAUCUCUGAGCAUCCAGCAGAAGCCAUGCAAGUCUCCAUAGCCUGCACCGAGCACAACCUCAAGAGCCGGAAUGGGGACGAUAGGCACAGCAAGCAGAACUCCAGCGGCCCAAACGUUGUCAAUGCGGCCAGGGCAAGGUUCCGCACAGUGGCCAUCAUAGCGCGGAGCCUGGGAACCUUCACCCCCCAGCACCAUAUCUCUCUAAAGGAGUCCACAGCCAAGCAAACUGGCAUGAAGUACAGGAAUCUUGGAAAAUCUGGACUUCGGGUAUCGUGUCUUGGACUUGGAACCUGGGUGACAUUUGGUGGACAGAUUUCUGAUGAGGUGGCUGAGCAGCUAAUGACUAUUGCAUAUGAGAAUGGAGUAAACCUUUUUGACACGGCAGAGGUCUAUGCUGCUGGAAAGGCAGAAGUGAUCUUAGGAAAUAUUAUCAGGAAGAAGAACUGGAGGAGGUCGAGUCUGGUCAUAACAACGAAAUUAUACUGGGGAGGAAAAGCAGAAACUGAGAGAGGACUGUCAAGAAAACACAUUAUUGAAGGAUUAAAGGGCUCUCUUCAGAGGAUGCAGCUGGAAUAUGUGGAUGUGGUGUUUGCAAACCGGCCAGAUAAUAAUACCCCCAUGGAAGAAAUCGUCAGAGCAAUGUCCUACGUCAUCAACCAAGGGAUGGCAAUGUACUGGGGGACAUCACGCUGGAGUGCCAUGGAGAUUAUGGAAGCAUACUCUGUAGCACGACAAUUCAAUAUGAUCCCUCCAGUGUGUGAACAAGCCGAAUAUCAUCUGUUCCAAAGAGAGAAGGUAGAAGUCCAGUUGCCAGAGUUGUACCACAAAAUAGGAGUUGGUGCAGUGACAUGGUCUCCCCUAGCUUGCGGUAUCAUCUCAGGAAAAUAUGAAAAUGGAGUCCCAGAGAGUGCGAGAGCAUCAUUAAAGUGUUACCAGUGGUUAAAGGACAAAAUACUGAGUGAAGAGGGGCGCAAACAGCAAUCUAAAGUGAAGGAUUUGACACCAAUUGCAGAACGUUUUGGAUGCACUCUGCCACAGCUUGCCAUAGCUUGGUGUCUGCGGAAUGAGGGAGUGAGUUCUGUCCUGUUAGGAUCAUCUAAUCCAGAGCAAUUGAUAGAAAACCUAGGAGCCAUACAGGUCCUUCCAAAGAUGACGUCACAUAUUGUAAACGAGGUUGACAACAUUUUGGGAAACAAGCCAUUCAGCAAAAAGGAUUAUAGAUCGUAACCUACUGCAUGAAGAGCAGUCUGCAUGAUAUUAAUAGUGCCCUUUAUAUAGUACUGGAUCACGUUUAAUGGAUUCCCCUGGAUACCUGCUCCAGUACUCGUCAUUGCUACCACUAAACCUAGAAGCACAUCAGAAAAACUGUAUAUAUUCUUUGUACCUGUUUCUUACCAUUUGAUUUCAUGCAUACUGCUUAUGCUGAGAAAUAAUGAAUGGCUGUAUGAAUACAAAGACUUCUGCUGGAAGGAAUCAUUUCUAGGAGACACGUGUAAUCUGCAAUAGGUUUUCUUACACCUGUUGUUCUAUAGGGUGGUCGGGGAACUCCGUUCUGUAUUAUACUGGGUAAUGAGGUCCAAAUACUAUGCAUCAGUCUCGAACACUACACGAUCUCUAUAUAAGAGCGAUCUGGUUGUGUUCACUUUUAUAUAUAUAUAUAGAUAUAUUCUUAUGCUUUUGGAAGAUGAUGGCUUUACUAUGGAGAGGUUAACAUGGCUGAACAAUUGAUUAUCCAUUUAUGAGAUCAUUUUCGGGACUUUGGGGCAGUGAGUGAAAAGUUCACUUACAGAACAGUCAGAUUUCUUGAUUGAACUCAAAAUGAAGGCACUUUACCAUUAACAGAUUCUGCACUGUUGCCAUAUAUAUUAGGGCAUUCUGAUAAAUAGAUUAAUAAAAGGGAUUUUCUCAUUUGGGAUAUUUAUCAGUAAGCUGAAGGGGUGAGAUGUUACAAAGAGCGGUCUCUGAAGGACCCGGUCCUGUGAUUUCGUUGGCUCCACUGCCUUCAAGAAGCUAUGGCUACAGAUUGCAUGCUCGCACAUCUACACCAUGGCAUGAUAUGUCGUUUGCCAUGAUUUAAAGAAUUUUAGAUAACAAAAUAGUUGUAUGGAAAUAAGAUAAUAGAUUUUUUUUUUUCUUUUAUUUUUUUUCUGGAGGUGCACAUUUAAAUAUUUUAUGUACUUUGGCGCUUUGAUUUGGAAAUCAUUUGCAUGUGUAGCUUUUAUGCGUUAUACACUUUUUAAUUUCUAGCAUUAGUAGGAUAUUGUUGUAAACUGUAAAGGCAACCAAAGUUUGACAGAGCUGCAAACAUAUUUUUUUCUUCAUGUCUCGCCGUUGAUAUUUUCUUUGCAUGGAGUUAUUAUCAAUAAUUUUAGUGCUGUUGGGCAUAAAAUAGGCACAUAUAUAUUUUUCUCCAUGCUCUCUAUCACUUUGUAUGCAAUUAUCCUGUGUCAGCUUCAGAUCACUCCCAAUUCUUGAAGGUUUUUUUCCGAUGACUCUCCCAGUCCAGUGUUGGGCAACCUACUCAGUUAAAGAGUACCUGUCACCAAAUAAAACUUUUAAUAUAGUGUUCCUUGUGUAAUUAGCAGACACUUUCCCAUUCAAUUGCUUUUAAAAUGAUCAACAUAAAUGUUUAAAAUGUAAUAUAAAAACAGCCACUAGGUGGCUCUGUUCUGUUCCCUGCCACAAUUAAUACAGUGAGUUUGGUCUCCUCACGGCCUUGCAGGAUUCCAAACUCAGGAAGUGCUUCUCUACACUGAGCUUGACUAACAGCUGCACAGAAAGUGAAAGCUCCAUAAAUUCUCACAGAAAGCUGCACAGACUGACAGCUGAAGGAGAGCCUCACUGAAAUCUGCACAGACUGAAACAUGCACAGAGCCUGAGGUCUUCUAUUCAUCACAAUGCUGCAACAAUGUGAGGGCAGAAGUGGUCACCCAGCAGGCUUCAGUGAUGUCAUGCCUGCUGGGAAACACCCACUUUUUCCUGCUGGGAGAUUGCACUAUGUGAGUAAGAAGAAAGGUAAGAUACAGAGAUUUUUAAAGCACUGACAUUUUUUUUAAGGGCUGGAGUGUUAGGAGUAGUUAGGGAACAUAGCCUGAGGUAGUUUAGAACAGUUUAUUUGGUGACAGGUACUUUUUAAUCUGCAAAAAUAUGCAAUACUUUUUGUACUGCAUAAAAACCUAGAUUAUCAUCCAGAGCUGCAAUCAUAAUACUGCUUCAGAGCUGAAAUCUCCCAGUAUGCUUUGCUGGCUCACUGUCUGCAGACGUUGUUCUGUUGAUUUGCAUUUAUUAAGGUUUAGUCUUUACAUCAGGCCCUAUAAUCUCCCACGGAAAUGUAAGAUCUCAGCUCUUAUGAAUCCUUCUGUUGACAAGCUCAUUGACCAAUGACCAAAGCAUGUAGUAAAUCUACGAAUUAUGUUCUGCACUAUGUUCUAGGCGGUAACUCAGGAUGAGUAUUAGUGAUGAGCGGCAUUGCCAAUAUUCGAAUUUGCGAUAUUUUGCGAAUAUAUAGACGAAUAUUCGUCCUAUAUUCGCGAAUUUCACGUUUUCAUUAUAUUCGCAUAUGUGAAUAUUCACUAUUCGAGGAAGAAAACAGUGAGGGGGUGGGCAACUUUACUAUUGGUUGCUAGGGAUGUUGUUGAUAACCUCUGACAAGUGUAUUUGCAUCAUUCUAAUUGGCCCACAAGUGAAAAGAAGGAAUAUGCGAAUAUGCGGGAAAAAGCGAAUAUUUGCAAUUUCAAAUAUAUAGUGCUAUAUUUGCGAAUAUGCGAUAUUCGCGAUUAAAAUUCGUAUUGCGAAUAUUCGUGAACAACACUAAUGAGUAUAAAAUAAGUCAUGAGUUAUUUAAAGGGGUACUCCGCUGGAAAACAUUUUUUUUUUCUUAAUCAACUGGUGCCAGAAAGUUAAACAGAUUUGUAAAUUACUUCUAUUAAAAAAAUCUUAAUACUUCCAGCACUUAUCAGCAGUUGUAUACUACGGAGGAAGUUCUUUUCUUUUUGAAUUUCCUUUCUGUCUGACCACAUUGCUCUCUGCUGACACUUCUGUCCGUAUCAGGAACUAUCCAGAGUAGGAGCAAAUCCUCGUAGCAAACCUCUCCUGCUCUAGACAGUUCCUGACAUGGACAGAGGUGUCAGCAGAGAGCACUGUGGUCAGACAGAAAAUAAA